GCCGCGGCUGAGCCUUCCGCAGAGGCGGUGAAUGAAAGGCACUUCCAAAGCACGUCCUCACUGUCUGCUCUAAGCCCUGCAGCUAGCUAGCCCGCCUCGCGCCCCGCACCCUCCCCGCUUGCAGCUGGCAGCGAUGGCAGGGGCCGUGGUAAACGGAGCUCAAGUAUCUUUUAUUGGCCAAGACUGUGAAGAAAUUCCCGAAUUUAUAGGAAGAAAAUAUGGGCAUAUGGCAAAAAGACUAGACCUUAGUUUCAACUUGCUAAGGUAUUUUGUUCUACACAAAUUAACCAACCUGAAAUUCCUUGAUACUCGGAAAGUAACCAGAACUGAGCGUGAGGAAGCCUUGGUAAGAGGUGCCUUUAUGAAAGUGGUUAAACCCAUGGAUGCUCAGGUCCCCAGUGGUGCUGCUUCCAUCUCUCCAGAGUUGCACUAUACUCCUCUGCCUUCAGGAUCCAGGGACCUCACUAAUCACAGAGGUGUUCUAGGAAAAUGUCGCUACGUUUACUAUGGGAAGCAUUCAGAAGGCAACAGAUUCAUCCGAGAUGACCAGCUCUAAAAUGCAACACCAUUCUGUGCCACUUCAAACUAUCCACACUAAUGCACACAAAAAGCACAAAUUGCAUCUGCAUUUUAAGCAUGCAACUAAAGUCCUCCAGUACCUUCUGCUGACUUUGCCAAGCCUGUCAAGAUCAUCCUUCUGUCUUAGUUUGAGUAGUCACAUAGAGAUUGACAUGAUUGCCUUUAAGCAGGUCCCAUCCACCAGUGUGACAGACAGCUGCAGCCAAGCACCAGGCCUGACAGGAUGAACACCAUGAUGGAUUGCCUGGUCCAAUUGCUGCUCACAGAAGAGCAAAGGUCACACCUGGGGCUUCACUGAGCAUGCUCAGUUGGUUUUUAGCAAGAGUAAUGCUUUUAUCUAAAGCUCGCCUGUUGAGUGAGAGAAGCUGGCAGUAUCAAUAUGUUUAUAAAAGCAAUAGCUGUAAUUUAAGAUUUAAAAACCCCUUAUCUGUUCAUAUUUCCCCCCAUGAAUUAAAUACUUAAAUUUCUUAGACAGGCAUGCACACAAUCCUCUUCAAGCUUUAUAUCAGAAUUAAAAGUUUGUGGGGGGUGUAUGCAGUCAGUCAUGUCAUAUUUAAAUAUUUCUCAAAAUGCAAAACCCUAUGAAUUUGUAUUUUUUUUUGUUUAAGAAGAAGUAUCUAAGCAAUUUUACAGAUGCAGCUGAACCUAGGCAUCUUUCUUUUGAUUAGAAUCUCAAGAUUUACUAAAUCUUAACAUUGAGAAAAGGAGGUCAUAUUUAAUGCCGCAGAACAGGUAACACAGAGAACCCCCUGUUUAACUGCAUUUCUUUGCAAAAAAAAAUACAGGAGUGGCUGUUUGUAUUUCACAAUUAUUUUUUUAAAUUUGGGCAGAGAUUAAAUUUAGAUAAGUAUUGAACUGUGGGGAGGUGGGGGGGAUGGUUUGAAGGGGCAGGGGGAAAGCCCUAAAAAUAAAAACCAUUACUGAGCUUGGAUGACAUUUAGAGGGGAGGGAAAGGUAAAAUUGAGGGAAUUAUGAAUCCUAUAUUAAUGUACAUUCAAAUGACAUAAACGUGGCUCCUGUCAAGUUUUUGAUACCUAAUACAAAUAUCCUUAGCUUGUUGCAAGCUUUUUUAAAUGGAGUGGAUAUAUUUGGAGCAACAAUUCCUUUUGUUAUUGUGAAUCAAGUUGCCAGACCUAAUAAUAUAAUGUACCAACAGCGAGUAUGAAGAGCAUUGUGAGCAAUGUACAAAUUGUGAGGAAGUACAUUGUGGCCCCUUGUAGCUGCUCCUCUUGUACUGUCUUAGUUUUGGCUAAUUUGCUUUUGUGCAUAGUAAAUCAAAUUUUGAUUAAAAGCUUUUAGAAAUAUGAGAGAGAGGUAUUUAGGGAUGUCGCUUCUUAUGUAAAAUAAUAUGAGAAAUCAGGAUGCCUGCUUUCUAAAUUGGUUUCCAAAAUAACAGCACAAUGCUAUCCUAGCUAAUUUAUAUCACGGUGUCUAUUUUGAAGUAUCAGCACAUUUUGGCCAUGGCAUAUUACAGUCAGCAAGAUUCAAAGCAGGGGUGUUUGGAAUAACCUAAUAUCACAUUCAGUCUAGUUGCAUAUGUGUUCUUGUCUUUAUAAAAGGCUUAACCCUGCCUCAAACAAUAAAAAGCACUU